AUGGAAAAAACUAUGGAAAAUCAAAAGACUGAAAGGGAAGAACUUAGCAGCCUCCGGAUGGCAUGGCACCUUAAAUCUAUUGCAAGCAAGCCUGUGAAACAGCAGUGGGGAGCAUUCAAAGAGAAACUUAAGAAGACGACUCACAACUUAAAGCUUCUUCAGGAAGUACUUAUGCCAGUGUCUGCACUUGACCUUGGAGGGAGCCUCCAUACUAUUUCAGAUCUGCAGAAAAAGUGGAAUGAAAUGAAGCCUCAAUUCCAGCAACUACAUGAUGAGGUUCAGCACAUCAUUAAGGAAUCAGAAGAAUUAAGUGGCAAGGGUGCCCCUGUGAAAGAGAAGUCUCAGCAACUGAGGGACCUUGUUUAUCUCCAUCAGAAACAGACUGAGAGAAUCCAAGAUUAUGAAGAGAUCCUGCACAAAACAGUCCAGUUUUACCAAAUCAAGAAACAGCUGAGUCGUCUCAUCAACUCAAGAGAACUGGAGUUUCUAGAACAGCUGAAUGGACUGGGGGAUGCUCAGGGGGCCCAGAUGCACCUCAGUCGCUCUCAGGAAAUGCAGAAACAUGUAGAGCACCUAUAUCAGCUGGCCCUUUCCUUGGGAGUUGACGUCAUCUCAUCUGUGCAGCAACCUGUAAGCAUCUUAGAACAUCAUCAUUUCUACUUUUUUUGCUGGGGCUUGGGCUGUGAUAUGAAAGAAACCAGGCAGAUUACUUAG